AUGCAGACUGGCCCAGUCAAAACCGACAGGAGACGUGACCGAUAUAUCCGGAUAGCAUGCAGCAAUGUGCAUACCAGUAUACGCAGCCUGGAAGAUCAGGUCGCAAUCAUUCUGCGGCGCCUGAAUGCACCAGCGAAAGCACCAUCACCAGCUCUGGCAGACAUUAGACAACUAUACCAUGGAACCCCGGCACUGCUUUGCGAUGACCCACUAUUGCAUAUAGGAUUUGAGAAAGUCAGCCAGCUGAUCGGAAUAUAUGACGAUGAAGUUGCGCGCAUGUACCCUGUCGUUGAAAAGGAAUCUCUGCUAGACCAGGCCAGAACACUAUUUUCUGGGCGCACUGGGACAGGUGGACAGUUGCAGGUCGGUGGGAGGACUCAUCCUGUUGAUCAUAAGUGUAAGAAAUUCGUGAUAUACCCCGUCCCUACAUCCAUUGGCAUGGCUGACACAUUUAUCUCUUUCCAGAGCGUCUAUCAUCUGCAAAACGGAGAGGACCUACAGGCCUGGCGAUUGACCAGGUUCACUAUAAACGAAAUCUUGGCGCUACGACUUCACACCAAAGAAGGGUGGUCCGAGAUAUCCGAUCCACGUGAAUAUUCAUUAGCGCUUCGAGUCUUCUGGUCUGCAUAUGUUCUUGAUAUGAGGAACAGCUUUGGUAACAACAUGCCGCCUGCACUGGGCAAUGCAGACAUUGACCCGUCAAUUCCCGAGCCGCCCCAGUUCCUACACGGACUCGCGCUCUCAAAAGAUAACGGCUUUCUCGACUUCCAAAUAACCCAGUGGUACGAGAAGCUCCCUCCGCGGAGCCAGUUCAGCAUAUCAGAGCCAGAUGACGACAUACCCGGAUCCCAUCAGGGCGGAUCCAGCUCCAGCCGGUCGAACGAGAGUUUGCUCCCUUUUUCACUCCGGGUCUCGCUCUACCUGCGCCGCAAUCAAAUGCGCAUCUGGCUCAACAAACCGGCACUGCAGUCGGUGGCCGCUGCGCGCCGAAAUUCCGCCCAGGCGGAAAUUGCGCUCCACUGUGCAAAUGAUACUAUACAGGCUCUUACUCAUGUAGCCGGGCAGCACGCGGUGCCAUUCAAGGCGAAACCAGCUGUAUUAGAUUACUUCCUUGUUUCUGCACUCGCUGUCUUCUUCCCGGCGGUUGCCCACGGUCCUCUGGAGUUCGUUCCACUAUGCGAGGACGGAUUUCGGGCGACGGUGGAAUUGAUCACGAAUAAGCCCGAGACGUAUCUAUCGGAGCGUCUUCAGCGGUUUAUCUAUACAGUGAGAGAUUUCGUAAAGAGGAAAUACGGGGUUGAGUCAAACCCAGUGGUGAUGGGUAACACAGCUAGUCACUCUCCUGCAACCUCAACAGGCACGGGGCCGACUACCCAAAGGGAUCUACAGGGGGUGACGGAUGAACUUCGUUCUUUGUUUGGGGUGGCCGUUGCCUGUGGAACCAUUCAGACUGACAAGGUAUUCCAUCAUUCCCCGACUUUUCAGACCAGCCGUGAAGCUGCGUUUCCGGAUGAGGUGAUGGUAGCAAGUGCGACUGAUAGGAAUGACAUGGUUGCGGAGUUACAAGCGUUCGGCACCAUGGCGGGCUAUGGGUAUGAUGAACUGUCUGACAUUCUUGGGGAUCUUCAUUAG